UGUUUGACAAGACAACAAACACAACUGUUUAUGCCAAAGCCGUCGCGAUAGUAGGUGCAACAGCCCACCAUCACUUCUAACAACACCAGUCUAUCGGUCGCAGUCAUGUCAUUGCUUGAAAAACAUCUGGAGCAGAUUUUGCUCUCGUCCAAUGCUAUCGCGGAUUUGCAUUUCCCCCCACCACGGAUGUUCACCAAUGCUCUACUGGGUCCCCACGACAUCACCUCUCUGAUUCGCGAUACGGAGGCUCAUGAGCGUGCACUUUUCCAAACUGAUCCAUCCGCGAAAUCAAACCAAUCAUCGCGGAGGGCAACCCGCAGAGGAACAGUGUUCCAGCCCGAGGCGGAGGGAGAGUCGAUGGCUAGUCGAAUCUAUUCCGCCAGAAAUAACCGGAACCAGUCUGCAGUCGCCAGAGUUCUUGGGUCUGAUAUGAUGGAGGAGAUUAAGCGAUCAGCUGGUACCUCCACUAGAGGACCUCGUGGUGAGGUCAAUAUUGAUGUUCUCCUUAGAGGCGCGGAGAUUCUCUGCAACGUCUACCCUGUUCCCGGUGCGCAAGAGAAGAUUGCCACUCUUCGAUAUCGGCAUGAAAUGAUCUCCGACUCGCUCGUCGGCUUAGAAGACCGUGUCGCAAGAAACACUGCUGAGUUGGAGCAGAUGAGCCACUCGUAUGGCGAUGAUUACGACGACUAUUAUAACACAGGAGUCUUGCAACCUGAAAUUCCGGAUGUGACAGACGAUGAUAUUGAACGGGAACUAGAGGAAAUCAGAGAGCUGGAACGGAAAAAGCGCGGCAUGGAGGAUCGUGUGAGAAACAUGGAAAGGGACCUCGGCGGCCUACUGGGAUAGGAUAAUGUAAUCCCAGUCUAAAGAAAACGAGAGACGAAUGACGAUCAACUCGUCGUCGACGUCUCGGGCAAGGACACGGCCACUCCAUCACAA